AUGGAUCAAAUUAUCGCUGGGAGGCUAUCGGUCUGGUUUCCACGUCGAAACUCGAUGAUGACUCGACAUGAACUCAUAUUGCUCCAUACCCUUCCAUGGCCGAUCUCCUACUUGAAGAGUAUAACUCUAGCUGCGUUUGUAUUACAAACGCUGCAAUUGUUACUUAAAUCCUGCGCGAGCAUUUCCCCCUUCAAAUCUUAUUCUAAACCUAAUUUCAUCGAAAAACAAUGCUCCCCGUUGCCAUUCGAAUCCGUCACCACCUACAUCGUCGCUGGUGGUCUGUUCAUCGACCCUUGUUUUCCCUCUUCCUUUCUCGACUUCGUUUCCCCUUUUAGAGAUUUUUCUUCUUCCAGGAAAACGGCUCGCGUUGCUCGUAGGCAAAAGCGUGAGGCGGUUGCUGUUAAAGAUGUAUUUUUUUUGUCCGUUAGUUUCAGCAACGAUGGGCUUGUUUCAGAACACAAGGAAUUUCAGCUACAAAAUGAAGUGAAGAACAACAACAACGGGGUGGGGGCUGAAGCCAAACGGAAUGUUAGGUUAACGCAACGUAGCGCAGUCAAUACUAAAAAGGAUUUGUGGGCUGGAGCCAUCGCGGCCAUGGUUUCCAGAACGUUUGUUGCUCCGUUAGAGAGAUUAAAGCUGGAAUAUAUAGUGUGUGGUGAACAAAGCAAUAUAUUUGAUCUUGUUAAGAAGAUUGCUUUGACGCAAAGAUUGUUUGGAUUUUGGAAAGGGAACUUUAUUAAUGUUCUUCGCACGGCUCCAUUCAAAGCUGUGAAUUUUUAUGCUUACGAUACGUAUAGGAAGCAAUUGCUUACACUGUCUGGAAAUGAGGAGACCACAAAUUCUGAGAGAUUCAUUGCUGGUGCUGCAGCCGGCAUCACUGCUACUGUUCUCUGCUUACCGCUUGAUAUUAUCCUAACCAAGAUAGUGGCACCAGGUGGAGAAGCCUUAGAUGGUGUAAUUGGUGCUUUUCGCCACAUGAUCCAAACUGAAGAGUUCUUUUCUCUCUACAAAGGUCUAGUGCCCUCUAUUGUAAGCAUGGCACCUUCAGCCACAGUAUUCUAUAGUGUGUAUGAUAUGUUGAAAUCAGCUUAUCUGCGUUCCCCGGAGGGUAGGAAAAUAAUUCAGAACAUGAGUCAAAUAGGACAGGAGCUGAAAGCUUUGGAUCAGGUAGAGUUGGGACCAAUGAGGAUGUUAUUAUAUGGGGCUAUGGAUGGUGCUUGUGCCGAAGUUGCUACUUUCCCAUUUGAAGUUGUGAGAAGACAGUUGCAAUUGCAAGUCCAGGCAAGCAAAAUGGGUUCACUGGCAACUGGUGUCAGGAUCGUUGAACAAGGAAUUUCUGCUCUCUAUGCUGGGCUAAUUCCCAGCUUGCUAUAA